AUGGAAUUGCAAGAUCAUUUGGACCCUGUGACUCGCCAAUCAUUUCUAAGUGCGCCCGUAUGGCGUAACAUUGUAGCGAAUGAUUCACGAAUUCGGAAACAUCCUUUGUAUCGGAAGGCUCUCACAUUCAUCAGCUCCUCAAACCCAUCUGCAAUAUCACACCCGCUGGUGCAACUGGCCCAGCAGGUCAUUGCAGAUGCACUGGUGGAAUCCCCGGUGGGGUCCAAACCCAAACCUAGGCCACAUGAUGCGAUUGAAAUUAUUGACCAUGUAGUCGCCACUAAUGUCAUUGGGCCGGACAUUCGCAAAGGGAAGGGUAAGCAGACUGCGCCGCCCAAGAAUGUCGACGGCGACACGCCGGUGGAGGUUUUGAAAGCAGAAACCACCAUGGUUAGACAAAGGCCCAUGCCGAAGAGAAAGCAAACACAGGCAACCAGUGGCUGUGACUCCAAGUCUGGUGUGAUGGAUCGAAAAGGGAAGGGGAAAGAGGUCCCACCUCCGGUGGAUAGUGUGGACAGCGAUGGCCACUGCUGCCGGGAAACUCAACAUGAGCAAGUGGCACAAAGUAGCCACCGGCGUACUACAUCGAAAGAGUAUGAUGAAGACCCCUCGCCGGAAGCGGCUGGCGAUGUUGCCAAAGAGUCGGCUGUUGGGACGAACACCAUUAAUAUCAAUGUGGCAACCAUCGACAAUGCUGCCCCGAAGAGGCUGUCUUUACCACCUGUGACCUCUGUCUCUGCAUAUUUGCCAUCAUCACUUGAAUCAUCCCUGACAGUGAGCCACCCUGCAAAACUGCCACCACGGCACGUGCAACCGCCACCAUCACACACAGAGCUUAUGGAUAUUGAUGUGCAGGCUGAUACAGUGGUGAAGGACUUGCAGGCAAUGACACUAGAUGCUGCAAAGGACUUGGUAUUAGUCUUGAAGAGUCAUGAAGAUAUGUACAAUACCAUCCAUAACCUUCACAAUCAGGUCGUCGAACUCUGCGCUCGGAAUGCUGCUGCCGCUGAUUCCCUUGAGGCGUUGAAUGUCCGUGUGGCUGCUCAGGAUGCCAAGAUGUGCAGUAUGGAGACACUUCAUGCCGAUGUUGCCAUGCUGCAAGACCAAAUUUGCACUUUGCAAGCAGAAUCCCGGACACAUGAGAACCAACUCCGUGCAGCUGAUGUUAAGUUGGCAUCACAGGGAAGUACCACCGCCGUCCUGCAAGAUGCCUAUGAGGCCCUUCGACAAUUUUUGAUCCCCACUCCAUCCAUACCUCCCCAUUACAAUAACACCGUGUUCUUUCCUGCUUCCCACCAGCACCAGGUUUCCUAUAAUCAGAGCCUCAGUGUAGGCCAAGCACAGGCCAUGGAAAGAUUGUACUUCAACUUCACCCCAGGACCGUCCAUGGCCACCGGCCCAUUGGUCUCCACACUCUCAGCGAGUACUAGCAUUCUGGGUGUCAUCCUUGCACCCCCAGGGCCAUCCACAGUUGCCGGCCCAUCUGGGAUGCAUGCUCCCUCAGGCCCUUCUGGUAGUCAUGUCAUAGGGAGUUCUCAAAGCACUGGCAACCUCGGUGAAUUGGUCUCUGCAUUUCACCACAAUUAG